UGUGCACCUCAAGUCUGGGCAAUCUCAAGAUAAAGAGAUAGAGAAGAGAAAGAGAAAUAAUGAGGGCUUGUUUUGUUAGGGUUUUUGUGUGCAUGUUGGUGUGUAUAUUAGGGCAUGGGUCUGUCUCCCUUAGCCAAAAUGUUACAAGCUUGUUUGAGGACAAAGAUUUGGGUUUGAACAUGGCUCAAACGUGUAACUUUACUCGUUACCCUGGACUAUGCAUACAGACAUUGACGUCUGGACGUGGUGUAUUGCAGUUUAGAAAUGGGUUUUUGAGGGAACUUGUGAAGAGUACAGUGCAUGAGAUCAGGAAGCUCUCUUCUAUCAUGUCUCAGAGCUCUCAGGCAGGGAAGCUAGAGAACCCUAAAAGCCAUGAUAAGACUACAGACUACUGCGUGGAGCUCCUCCACCUAUCCCUGAAACGCCUCCACCAGUCCCUCUCCGCCCUCAACGCCGCCACCACGCACCCGAACGCCCUCGACAUCCAAACCUGGCUCAGUGCCGUCCUCUCCUUCCUUGAUGGAUGCAAUGACGCCCUCAACAUACACAUCUCCAAUUCCAUACACGACCCCUCCGCCGUACACAACCCCACAUCUGUCUCUCACGUCUCAAGCCUUGCGAGCAACGCCCUCGCUGUAGCCAACCGACUGCCCAAGAAACGACGGGAAAAGGGACGGAGACUGUUAGUUGACGCCGAUUUUCCCUCUUGGUUGACGGAGACUGAACGGCGUUUGCUCCAGGCGCCGGAGAUAGCGGCAGACGCCGUUGUCGCACAGGACGGAACGGGGAACUUUUUGACGGUGUCGGAGGCCUUAGACAAGGCGCCCGGCGACCGUCGUUAUGUGAUUCAUGUUAAGGCGGGGAUUUACAAGGAACGGAUCGUAACGGCGAAGGACGGGAUAACGCUUAUUGGUGAUGGGAAGGCGGCGACCAUUGUAACGGGGAGCAGGAGCGUCGGUGGAGGGUCCACCAUGCCCGAGUCGGCAACUUUUGCGGUGAUCGGUGAUGGCUUCAUCGCCCGUGACAUAGGCUUCCAGAACUCAGCAGGUCCAAGCGCAGGUCAGGCCCUCGCGGUCCGCGUCCUCUCUGACCACUCAGUCUUCUACCGUUGCAACCUCAUCGGUUACCAAGACACCCUCUAUGCCAUGGCCCUCCGCCAGUUCUACCGAGAAUGUGAUGUAUAUGGCACCAUUGACUUCAUCUUUGGCAAUGCAGCUGCCGUAUUCCAAAGCUGCAACCUUUACCUCCGCCUCCCUGCUACAAAGGAAAAUGUCAUUCUGGCAAAUGGUCGCAAUGAUCCUUGCCAGAAUACCGGGUUUUCUGUACAUAACUGUCGGAUUGCUGCUGCCUCUGACCUAUUUCCAGUCAGGAAUUCCAUUCGUUCUUACUUGGGUCGGCCAUGGAAGAAGUAUUCAAGGUCAGUGGUGAUGGAGAGCAGCAUUGAUGGGAUAAUCAAUCCCAAAGGGUGGCAGCAGUGGGAGGGAAGCUUUGCGCUGAAGACGCUUUACUUUGGGGAGUACAGGAAUCAAGGGCCCGGGUCUGGGACUGCAGGGAGGGUCCGGUGGCCUGGAGUCCACGAGCUUGCGUCGGAGGAGGCGGAAAAGUUCACGGUGGGAAGCUUUAUUUCUGGAACAACGUGGUUGCCGUCCACCGGAGUGGCAUUCCAGGCAGGGUUGGGAGGGUCAGAAGGAUCUGGGUAGGAAGGAAAUACAGGAGACGAACUAUUCUUUCCUCCGUAAAAGGCUUUGCUUUUUGAAGGAUGGAUGUACCGUGUGUUUUUUAUUUUUAUUUUAAUGGAUGUAAUAACGGGCGAAGAGUGAAUGUAUUAUAUAUCUUUACUUUUAGAUGAUCCUUGGAUACCUUCCCACAUC